AUGGAUUUCAGAUUCGAUUCUCCUUUAGCUUCCUCCUCUUUCGCCGCCGUAGUCUGUAAUCUCGCCACCGCAACUGUUGCUUCUCCGUCGCCAUCUCAGCCGUCCAAAUCCGGUCUUCCCCUCGCGCUCUGUAAUAAGAUGAGCGCGUCUACUAGUGAAAGAAGCCCUGUGCGUGGUAGUGCUAAAGGUAAAUGCACUUCAGGUUGGGCGGCUUUUGACCUUAAGCAUAAACAGAAAUCACAACUCAUCGAACCCAACAAGGUUUCCGAGGGUUACCCCUUGUUAUCUGGCCCCACUUUCCCCAACACCCUUUCCAACAAACAUGGAGUUCUAUUGGAGAAGCCCUUUUCGUCUGUAGUUGCAACUCCUUUAAAUUUUCCUUCCUUAGUUGACACCACUGAUGGUAACAAGAAAGGCCGAGCUCCAGUUGGUAAUGAUUGUCUCCUUAGUGCUCACAAUAUUGAGACUGAUAAUGAGUCCGUUGAGGUUUAUCAGAAGCUUAAGUGCCUUCAUUCUUGGGCGGAUGAAAGCUUGAUUCGGGAUGUCCUAGCCGGCGUAAGCGGUGAUGUUGAUAGUGCUCUAUCAUUACUGGGAGAUAUGCUAAUCUCUGAGAAUAAAGCUGCCGAGAGCAAGAAAGUCGACCCUAGUAAAAAUGCUAUUGUAUCCUUUGGCGUUGACGAUGGUUUUGUGGGAGAGAAUAAAGAUGCAAGCUUUACCACAGAUGGUUCCUUUAGUAACGAAUUCAAGGAUGAUUUAACUUCUGCGCAAUUACUGGGUGCUAUCAAGUCCUUACCCAUUGAACCGGAGGCUGAGUGGCAAGAGGAUGAUGUUUACUUAAUUCACCGAAAAGAUGCUAUAAGUAUGACCAGAUUGGCAUCACGUCAUUCUAAGGCCGCAAAUGAUGCAUAUUUGAGAGGUGAUCAUAAAGCGGCCAUUCAGUUGUCACUCAAAGCACGGGAAGAAUGGACUGCUGCUCAGAAGCUGCAUUCCAAGGCAGCCAAGGAAAUUCUGAAUGUGAGGAACUGCGAAAAUGAUCUAUGGAAAUUGGACUUGCAUGGUCUACAUGCAGCAGAAGCAGUUGAAGCAUUGCGUGAACGUUUACAAGUAGUUGAAUCUUUAUUUUCACCAAAUUGCUUGGCCACACUUGAUGCGGUCCAGAAGGAGUCAUGCGUGUCUCUUGCUGCAUCUAUGUCGUCCGCAGAUGUUAAGAUGGAAAAGUUUGGGAGACGGCUCCUUCCAUCUAGGCAGAGGCAAAACUUAUUACAGGUUAUAACAGGAAAGGGCAAUCAUAGCCGUGGAGCAGCUGCACUUCCAUCAGCUAUUCGAAACUAUCUCGGUGAAAACAGAUAUCACUUUGACGAGACUAGGUCUGGGAUGAUCAUGAUACGGCCCAAGUUUAGACGACAGUAG